UGUUUCAUCUCCCCUUCUCGCUUUCGUUCUCCUUCGCAUAUCCAACGCGAAUUCCCCCAUCAAAGAACCUCUGGAAAAAAGAGAAAACUCCAUUCUUUCCUCCUCCUCGAAGCCUCGCAUUCUUGGCUGAUGAAUCUUUUGCAGAACCCACCUUUUCUUUCUGAGAUCUUGUCUCGAUCGUGGUCUGACGAAGCAUUCGUUUCGCAAGCCUUCGAAGUCUGCAAAUGGAGCGCCAUCCUUCUUGCGACGCUCGCUUGCUUCGGCACGCUGUGCCACGGAGUCGUCAAGUUCUCGUCCCUUGGAUUCCUGAAGAGCGCUCCCCUCGCGGCUCAGCAGCCUCUUGUCCCCGAUUUCGACGAUAGCGACGACGACGACACUUGCUCGUCGUCAGCGUCGGAAGAAGGCGAUGGCCGGUCGGACGAAGACGAGCUUUCCUCCCCCCCGGACGACCGCUCGCAUGGCGACUUCCUUUUCCGGGUCGCGGGCUCCGGGGGCUCGCAGCUCCGGCGGCGUCGCAGCUUCGCGGACAACCUGUCGCAGUUCGUCCUGGGCAAGAGCGUCGUGAAGCUUUGGGACAGGUCGGACAGCAGAUUGCUGCGGCUGCAGGACGCGAACGGAGAGUUCGUCGGGAGGUUCUGCCAGGUCCUGGCGUCGCCGAGGUCGCCCGUGGCCGUCGUGUCGGCGGGGCUGAACAACCUGGGGAAGAUCGCGCUCAACGUCUGGGACAGCCGGGUCGGGUUCCGGAUCCCCGCCAUAGUCGCCGAGUGGGAGCCGAGCGCCGGCGGCGAGGUGACGGUCGGAGACCUCAGGAAUGUCGCCUCGCCGGUGGAGGGUUCGUCGGGAGCCGAUGCGGAACGGUGGUGGGACGCCGACGCCGCCGUCGCCUUCGACGAGUUUGGACAAGACUAGUUGUUUGAAAAGUCGCGGGGCUGACCGGCGACGCGGUACGAUCUGACUCGGAGAUAAAAGUGGCUAUUCACGUGGUCAAAUUUGUAUUACUUGUCGUCGGAAGUAAAUAACGGUAAACCAUUGAGAAAACGAGUUCGAACGAACGUGAUGUAAAUAAUAUACUAAUUCAUUUGCUCCAUAUUAUUAUUAUACGCUUCUUCAAUGAAGCAAACAAAAAUAUCCGUAAUUUGAUUGUUCUUUAUCAUA